CGCUUAAACAGUCAUUCCAUACAUUUCAUAGAAAAAUUCAAGAAUAUUCACUUUAACUCUAUCUCUCACUUUCUCUAUGAGUGUGUAUACGACUAUAUAUAUAAUAUACUGCAUUCAAGUUCAAGUUCAGUAUACAGUAUAUAACAAUUGAAGAGCGGGCACUGGUAGCCAAAAACCAAAUUCAAACACUGCAAAAAUUAACUCAUCAUAAUUGCUAUCUCAUCAAACAUUCAAACAUUACUACAUUGGCAUAAUUGGAAAUCGUUAGAUAUGCCACAACAGCAUAUAUCGCAAAUGCCCCGAUUGGGCACUUUGGUGUCCAGUCUGGACGGCCAUCAGCGGGUAAACCUACACUGUCGGGUAGUGGUGUUGGGUGCGGCCAAAGUCGGCAAAACGGCAAUUGUCGAACAAUUCCUUUACGACGCCUUCCCAGUACUUCACUCGGCAACUGUCGAACAGUUAUAUAGAGCCGAAUAUCAGGUGCGCGGCACAGGUUCACUAACGUUAGACAUAUUGGACACCAGCGGUUCGUAUGAGUUCCCAGCGAUGAGACAGUUGGCCAUCAAAUCGGGCGACGCAUUCAUACUUGUCUUCUCACUCGACGACUACGAAACGUUUGAAGAAGUUAGACGUCUUCGGGAACUGAUUCUCGAGUUGAAGUCGACGGACAACAAUGAUAACCAACCAAUGAUACCCAUCUGUGUUGUCGGCAAUAAAUGUGAUUUCGACGAUAAAAGAGUCAUAAGAAAGGAAGUGGCUGAAAGUGUCAUAUGUCUGGACUGGGAGAACGGUUAUGUGGAAUGUUCGGCCAAAGAGAACCAGAAUGUCGUUAAAAUAUUUCAGGAGCUGAUGAUUCAGGCGAGAGUGCCUUACGAUGUCGGACCGGCCAUUGCCAAUGGCAAACCACGACGGAGCUCAUUGCCCGAGUGUCCCAUUAGUCCGACUGUCAAAGAUAAGAGAAUGCCUAAAAGAAACAGCUGUGCCGUAUCAUAAUAAGCCCAUUAUCAUUCCCGGGAGCUCAUGGAGUUAAUUUCAAUGACCCCGCACUCUCAAGUGAUAUUUGUGUUGGUUUUAUAUAUAUAUAUAUAUUGA